AUGUCGUGGGACCUGCUUCAGCGAUUUAUCGAAUCCGACGUUUUCAAUUCGAACCCCUUUCUGCCGGUCUCGUAUCUUUCACGAUAUGCCGACCAUGUGGGCAUCCACUAUGUCCUGUGCCAGAAGUUGCGGCAGUUUCCGUACGAGGAUAUCGAGUUCUUCCUACCGCAGCUAUGCCACCUUAUAAUCAGCGUCGAUAACGAGUCAAUGGCCCUCGAGGAGUUUCUGCUGGAUUUGUGCGAAGAAUCUGUGACUGCUGCACUGUUGACUUUCUGGCUCUUCCAGACCUAUCUUUACGAUCUCUCAUCGAAUCCGCAGACAGGAGCUUUCCAAACAUGCCGCAGAGUAUACAACAAGGUCCAACACAUUGUGUUCGGACUCGCUGAUAGGGCGCGGCAUGAAAAGAUCAAGGAGAAUGUCUUGCCAGUGACUGUCCUGUCCAGCUUCGUCCUGGCCAGUGUCGCGAUGCCCAUGAUCCCGAAAUGGGCUGGGCCACUUGCUGUAGCCCAGGCUCGAAAGCCCCAACCGGCUGCUGAGCUCAGUUCCGAAUCGGACGAAUCAACCAAAACUCCAACUCCCACGAGAGCACAAACGGUGACGGGAGCAACGUCGAAAUCGAAACGCGCAAAAGAAGCUAGAAACUCCCUAGCAUCGCUACCUGGUGCCAAUGGUGUGAGCGACGGACGCCCUUCACCCAGAAGUGUGCCUCAUCUGCCAACAUCUUCUCCAUCACAGAGACCCAAGCGGCCAUCUGCAUUGGAAAUGAAGUCUGUGGAAGCUCGUCUUAGCUCUGCCUCGCUGCCUCUCCCCUCACCACAGACGACGAGCCGUCCUUCAACUCCGGUGUCGGCUGGCUUAACCCUUCGGCCUAGCGAAGCUGGUAUUCAUCGACGACACUCGCACAACACAAAACCAAUUGCCAACCCCGCCGACCUAUCUCACAACCAAAAGACGAAGCUUCUGAGGCAGCAUUACUUCCGCUCCCAGACUCAGUUUUUGACCGCUCUCGAGGGCAUUUCUAACCGCCUGGUUAUAGUUCCCAAACAAGCGAGGAUGAGCGCCCUCCGAGCUGAAUUGGCGCUCAUUGCGCGAGAUCUGCCGGCUGAGAUAGAUGUUCCAGUUAUCUGUCCCCCGACUUUGGUCAAUGGGUCACCUGGCAAGAGUCGCCACCACAGAAUAGUACGACUCAACCCUGCUGAAGCAACCGUUUUGAACAGUGCUGAGAAGGUUCCUUACCUCAUGAUGGUCGAAGUUCUUAGAGAAGACUUCAGUUUCGAUCCUGAGACCCCCGACAAUCAUCGACUUCUCACCAAACUCUUGGACUCUAGUGGCAAGUCACGCAGACUUUUCGACCUGUCGUCAGAGACACCCAAGAUCACGCCUAUUGCACGAGCCCCUGAGCCCGUUGUGGACAGCGUUUUUGAACCUACUUCUGGGGACCUGGGUAGCUCUCCUUUGUUAGUAGCGGAAGACGAGACACCUCCUAGGCCAACCGCGAAACAUCACCAGCUCCACGGCUCACAGCGAUUGUCGAGUGGAGCUACGACCUCUUCUACGACACUGGACGCUGUCACGCCGCGUACAUCUGGGCAAUCGACCUCAAGAUCAAGCAGCCCCGGGUCGAGGCGCAAGAUGACUCUCACAAUGCCAAGGAAUCCCUCUGCCGACCAGCCCGACUUCUCAGCUCUGGCGACUCACAUGCGAACUGCAUCUCAGAUGCUGGCGCAGCUUGACGCAACAAGCGGAAAGAGGCCUAGGCAAGAGGUUGCUGCUAUUCGUGCCAAGAUUAUCGCCAGCAUGCAAAGCUUGGAAGAAAAGAGCUUCGAUAUGGACGAGCAGGGACCAACUUUUGACACCAUCAUUGCCAAGACGAACGCAGGCGCACCCUCGACAAGUAAUCCGGAUCUGGAAGAGGACGCUCCGAUCGACCCUGCAAUCAAUGCCAGCGCAGGAAGGGAACGAAUGGAGAACGACAUCAAGACUGGUGGUGUUCAGCGCCGUGGUGACCGCGACGACCCAAGCGCGGCUGUUUUUGGCGAGGCAUGGGAGGCUAAGAAGGAACGUAUCCGAAAAUCGUCUCCUUAUGGCUGGAUGAAAAAUUGGGAUCUCGUCAGUGUCAUUGUCAAGACUGGCGCCGAUUUACGACAGGAAGCAUUUGCUUGCCAAUUGAUUGAUGUUUGCCAUAAAAUUUGGUUGGAAGCAGGCGUCAAUGUCUGGGUCAAGCGGAUGCGAAUCUUGGUCACAGGAGAAUCGUCGGGUCUAAUUGAAACCAUUACGAAUGGUGUGUCACUUCACUCGCUGAAGCGAAGUCUGACGCUUGCCUCGAUAGAAUCUGGGCAAAAUCCUCGACAUCGAAUUGCCACCCUGAGGGACCAUUUCGUCAAGGCCUUUGGCCAACCGGAUAGCGAACCCUACAAAGCCGGCGUAGAUGCCUUUAAGCGAUCUCUGGCAGCCUACAGCGUCAUUUCCUACGUCUUGCAGCUAAAAGAUCGACACAAUGGCAACGUGUUGAUUGAUAGCGAAGGUCACAUUAUUCACAUUGAUUUCGGCUUCAUGUUGUCGAAUUCUCCUGGGUCGGUCGGAUUUGAGGCAGCUCCCUUCAAGCUUACACAUGAGUAUGUCAAUGUUCUAGGAGGGUUGAACUCUCCAGAUUACGAGGACUACAAACGGUUGUGCAAACAGGCAUUCCAAGCACUCCGACGGUCAGCCGACAAUAUUAUCGACUUGGUGGCCAUGAUGGGGCGAGAUUCAAAGAUGCCUUGCUUCUCUGUCGGCGUGGCUCAAGUGACAAAUACCUUGCGGCAGCGUUUCCAGCUGCACUUGAGUGCCGACGAUGCAGAGCAAUUUGUUGAGACGGAUUUGAUUGCCAAGUCCUUUGGUAGUUAUUAUACCCGCCUUUAUGAUACCUUUCAAUAUCGAACACAGGGCAUAUACUAG